GACGCAAGCAGACUCUACUGGCCAAAACAUCAAGGUCACUCGAAAAAGUUUGGUGCCUCCUGAAACUUGAAGCUCUUCACUUCUCCAAGCUAUGGAGGGGAACAGAGGCACGGUGUGCGUGACGGGCGGUACUGGCUUCAUAGCUUCAUGGCUCGUCAUGAGGCUCCUCGAACAUGGUUACUCGGUCCGGACCACUGUCAGACCCGACCCGGAUGGCACUAGAGACAUCAGCUUCUUGAAAAAUCUGCCAGGAGCAUCGGAAAGGCUCCAAAUCCUCACAGCCGACCUGGGCGACCCCGAGAGUUUCGGCCCAGCCAUUGAUGGCUGUGUCGGAGUCUUCCACGUCGCCACCCCGGUGGAUUUUGAGGACAGAGAGCCAGAGCCAGUCGUCACCAAAAGAUGCAUUGACGGAGCGUUAGGCAUCCUGAGGGCCUGCCUGAACUCCAAGACCGUGAAGCGUGUUGUGUACACCUCGAGUGCGUCAGCUGUUCAACUUAACAACUCCGGCGCCGAUAUAAUGGACGAGGACUCUUGGAGCGAUGUUGACUCCAUAAGAGGAAUCACGACGUUUCUAUCUUCGUAUGCAAUCUCAAAGACAUUGACCGAGAAGGCAGUUCUCGAGUUUGGAGAGAGGCACGGGUUGGAAGUGGUGACGGUUGUUCCCUCAUUCGUCCACGGACCGUUCAUUUGUCCCAAGUUCGCCUCAUCUGUCCGGAAUUCGCUGGCUUUGGUAUUAGGGAACGAGAACGAGUACAGUAUUUUCCUCAGAAUCUCUCUCGUGCAUGUGGACGAUGUUGUGAGAGCGCACAUCUUCCUCUUUGAGCACCCUGACGCCAAGGGCCGGUACAUUUGUUCCUCGGCCACGAUGACCAUCGAAGAGAUGUCCAAAUUUCUGUCGGAAAGAUAUCCGGAGUUUCAGAUACCCUCACCGGAGGCCUUGAAGGAAGUGAAAGGCCCUAGGUUUGCCAGCCUUUCGUCAAGGAAGCUUUUGAAUGCCGGUUUUGAGUAUAAGUACGGGAUCGAGGACAUGUUUGAUGGAGCGAUCCAGUGCUGCAAGGAAAAGGGCUAUCUCUAGAUCAAUCUCUGUUCCAUGCAUAUGAUAGAAUUCGGUACCUCAGGCCGAACAUAGUAAUGUUCAAAGUAAUAAACUGGCAUCAUGCCAUCCAGUGAGACCUAUUUCUGUUACUGAUCUGUCCUGGGUUCGUAUCAUAUAAUCCUCUAAGAAAGAUGCAGACAAAAACAGAGAAACACGUUGAGGAAACGUGUACCAUGUAUCUAGCACGACCCGUGAAAAUUGAUCUGCCUCACAGUUUUUUAUACUCAUGUAAUCAUGACCACGAAAUUGAUCUACUAUUGUUGAUCAUAGUUGAACAUCUUGUCCAUCUUUCAUUGUGGAGUAGGCAUACCCGGCCGAAUCACAUUAAUCAUAUGUAUCAGGUUCAUUUUGUGGGCU